CAACAACGGAAGAACGAAGUUUGCUACAUAGGCUUCAAGAGCCCCUCAACAACUCAUCAUCGAUAACAACAAGUUUUAUUUUUAAUAUCGACUACCAGACCCAUUUUUGUUAUAUGAACCUAGGUACGCCAUGUCAGUCGCAACACAGAUUUUGUUCAACUCGCCGGCGCUUCAUUCGCUGAAACGCGAUCAACUCGUCAAGUUAUGCAAGAUCCACUCGCUGAAAGCCAACGGCAAAAACAAAGACCUCAUCGAUCGAUUACAACAACAUGCGAAGAUGUUGCCUCCGGAUGAUCCGUUGAGCAUCGCUACCAGGAGUGAUAAUCUGGAUGCAAAAGUGGGAAUGGAGAGCGAGGGGGAGGAAUCAGAAGGAGCUAGCGAUUAUGGCUCAACGGGAACUUAUGGACGGUCCUCCACGAUCCCUCGUCCCAGUGAACAGUGGGAAGUGGUCAUGGAUGUCAUCCCAGAGGUAGACGAGGAAACGGUGAGGAGCAACCGUGGCGGCAACUCCAACUCGCAGGCGGGAGAGUUUGGCACAAAUGGAGGGAAAGCACCCAGCGUCACCUCGUCUCUCAAGUCAAUAGUCACAUCUCUCGGCCUUAAGCGUAACAACAACUCGAAAUCAGACGAUACAACCUCAUCUUCCAAGUCUGGAUUGUCUGGAGAUGGUGCAACCGCAAGCCAGGAGUCCAUCCCCUCUGUCGCCGAAGACCUCCCUCCUGUUGACCCAAUACCAGGGCAGAUGAACCUCCGGGGCAUGCCUGCGCCCGCCAAUGCCAGACUGAGUAUCACCCAGGCUCCGACUACGACAACCAUCCGCCUCGUCUCCGGUGAAGGGCCGCCUGCCAGUAUUUUGUCUCCACCAAGGCUCAAACCGUUUGAGACGACCUUUGACCUUGUCCCUGCCACACCCGGCGGUAACGGCAACGGUGGUCUCUCUGCACCUGUAUGGCCACCAUUCUCCCCUGGUGUAGCACAAAUCCAGAGUAUAUAUCCAUCUCUGGCAGCUUUCCAAGGUUUCGGGGGCCUCCACAAACAAGACAUCGCACAAUCUGACGAAGGCGACCCCACAGAUAUGUCCAUAGAUAUGCCUGGCGUAUUAGCACCGUCUUCCGCACUCGAACCUACCCCUAAGAAGUCAACUCCCAUCCGUCCCCAUACAGGCGCUGUACCCAGAUCCACCGAAAGGCCUAAAUUAUUGGAACCUGAAGAUACAUUUUCACCUGGACCAAAGUCGACGAACGCUUCGCCCCGCCCGCGACCUUCCAGAUCGGAGCCGUUCAUAUUCGGAUCGCCGCUCCCGCAACAUAAUUUGUCAAAUAGAGAAUUCCGAUCUGCUGCUCAGUCUAUCCUAGACGAGAUGAACAGUCGGCUGGCUGCCGACGGUGUUGAAGGCGUGAACAUCGAUGUCCUUCAGAAUCGACAGACACAUAGUGGGGUGGAAGGGGCGGAUGAUAAUCAGGCUGAUAAAGCCGUUGGUGGGAGUGCCACUGGCAUGUAUGACAAGGCGCACCAGGAGGCGUUCAACAAGAUGGAGUCGAUCGUGCAGUAUGCCCAGAAGCGUGCCCGAGUGCCCGAGCCCAUCGUGUCGAAGAAGAGGAAGUCGAGUUUGGUAAUCAAGGAGAGGAAGGUUGGCGGGGCUGGCCGCCGGCGGACGAGUGGGCUCAAAGUCGCGAAUAGGUCUGCAAAGACGAAAGCCAUCCCUGGUGGUUUUGGCGACGAGGACGAGAAUAACGACGGAGAAGAGGAGGAGGAAGAUGUAGGCCAGAGACGCAAGUCUAAGCGGCCUCGACUUGAACCCGAGACGACCGUCGAGGCGGACGCUCAACCAUCCAAUAGCGGUGAAACUAACAAGACCUCUCUCGAUGCCGACAAGAAGGAGGAUGAAGAGCGCAAUCAGAAGGAAAAAGAACUUGUACGACGGAGGCUGGAAUACAACAAAGCUAAGCGCCGGAGUAGCAUGGGACGGCCGAGCCUUGCUGGCCGUGGACCCCCUACCCAAAAAGCCAAAGCGACAUCCCGAUUCGGUUUCUUGUCUACUGCGAAAUCCAUCGUUCAAAGCGUUUGGAACCGCGGUGCUGGUUCCUCGACGCAGUCCCAAAUACCGGUGGCCAAGACACGCAAGGAAGACGCGAAGCCACCCGUGACUGUUCCCCAAGUAAAGAAAGUUGCAGUUGUCCCCGGUUCAUCGGGCCACCCUCCUCUAAAUAAUAUGGCGCAAGCGAAACGGGAACCAUCAAGAAACAUAGCAUCCGAACAUCCUGCAGCGCAGACAUUAGCCCCACCUGCGUCUUCCGCUGAAGGUAGUGGUACCACGUCUUCCCGAACCUCGCGGGCGCCUAUUCCCACUUUCAGUCCUCAGGCCCCGAAGACAGCUACGUCCCAAGGUGGACACAACAGGAAUGGCUCGGUAACAGGGCUGUCCGAGAAUACUAGCAGUACCUCGAUGGGCAAACGAACCAGCAUCAAAGGGAAAGGCACCGAAACCAACUCCCACUUGAGACCUACGGGGAAUACAGCUAGAUCACGACCCUCUUCGACGCUCAUGGCCCCCACCGCCAGCUCCCUUGCCAAGAUGACCACACGGCACCCUGCGUCUCUUCACAGUGAAAACGUUGGCUCAGUCAAAGGUGGUGCAACCAAGGCAGGCAAGGACGUUACACGUAUUCCUGCACCGUCGAGUCCUGCACUCGGCCAGAUUACGAACGGUACUUGGAGUCCGCAAUCUCCGCGCUCUCCGACAAGCAAGAUAUUUAGUCAACCACCUAGCCCAGGCACUAUGCGUCCCCUGAUGUCCCUGACCGCAGCAGCAGAGAGUAUAGUCAACGCGUCGUCAUCAUCAUCGUCGAAGCCACCUAUUCCGCCGAAGGCCAAAGUAUUGCCAGGCCGCAAACCUCGCAUCUCGCGUUCCAAAGUCAUUGCGAGACUGGCAUCGCAGCGGGCUGCCGAAGCGAGCGCACCCGGCGGUGGAGGUGCGGGUGCGGCCCCGUCACGUGGUAAAACGCGGUCGAGUAUCGGUGCUGGUGUUUCAGGUAAAACUCGGGUGUCGCGUGGAGGAGCAAAGUCUGGGGAUAUGUUGAUGGGUGCGAAGAGAAGGGUAAGGCAGAGCGAGUAUGCCAGACGUAGGAGCCAGGCUACUGGGAGUGAUGGCGCUGAACCGAUGGAAGUCCGGGUCGACUGACAACACACAGUAAAGGGGUGUGAUCUUUUUUGACUUUCGAAUUCCAGCCCUUGUUUUUUUUUUCUUGCACUGCGCGGCUGGCCGGUUGUUUAUUCUUCCAUGGACUUCUUGUGUUUGCAUAAGCAAAAGUGUAAUAAAGUGAGAAGUUGCACCCACAGUUGAUCACCUGUCC